AUGCAGACUUCGGAGGGGGGCGCGCAUAGGCAAAGCGCCAAAGCGAGCGAAACUGGCUCAGGCGCAACUGUGGCUUCUGUGAAAGCGGCACAAUCGCCGUGGCAGCCCUCCUAUGCACCGGGAACGAAUCAGCUACCUGAGGUCGAUGAAGCAAGAAGAUGCUCAUCUAUUCGCAAAGAAAACGACGGCAGAGUUGCAGGGCGGUGCACUGCGCGUAGCAGAGACAUUGCCUCGAAAAACAGCUACUUCUCUGAGGGAUGUGGCAAUCAGCGUCAAGCUGAGGGCUCUGACUGUAAGGACCGCGGGAAUUUGUGUGGCAAUGGCCAUACUCAGCAUAGCUGCGCUUUGGCGAGCCGCUCAUACAUGAAAUCAGAUAUUAGCAUGGACACCUUCGUUCCGCAUCGUGAGCUGUCAGAGCAUGGCAGCGGGAAAGAUGGGCAGGUGCAAAUAAAUCUGGAGAGCGUUGAAAAGUCAGUGUUUACUCCUGAACAACCCGCCUUUGGUGACAGCACUUAUGCCUCUCGCAAUCCUCACAGCUGUAAUGCGUCGGGAACCGCAGCUGUGGGCCCGUUUCCAAAAAUUGAGACAGCAGUAGCGUCCACAGCGUAUAGUGAGAGUGGCUCUGGCGCAAGAAAGAGCACCACCCACGCGGAGAAGUCUAUGCAGCCGUUGCGCAAUCAACUCCACCGCUUUUCUUCGAGCAAAGACGCGCCGCGACGCCGAAGCCAUGAAAUAUGCCGUACAGCACUCGUUGCUAGCCGCACACUACCUGUUGUGCGCGUCGAAACAGAGUUGGCAGACAGCGACCGGGGAGGGGCAUCAGGAUCCGGGGACGUUGCGGAGGCAAAGGUUCCAAGCGCUCGCACAGGCUGCUUGCCGAAUCCGAGUGUCUUUGCUGGUGAUAUUGUCACAACUGACACUCGCGAGAGCAUUGGUCGCGACCGACGAAGUGCCCAGUUUCUGCGAGAGAUGUUGGGUGUGAUUGACAAGGAUCAGGUGGGGUCCUCCAGGGAGUGUGAGGGUGACGGUGGGAACGUGAACGGUGCAGCGACAGUUCCAAAUCCCCUUCAUCAUCGAAACGGCGCAAGUAGGGCAAGUGACAGUGGGUCCAUCAGCGACACCCACCACGGGUAUGGUAAUGAAGCUUUCGGAACACAAAGCAGUGCGACAAGAAGAGAAUUGCAUGGGCGCAACGCGGACAAUGUUGCCGGAGGCGACAGAGAUCAGUCCAGCACAGACAGUCUUGUAGAUGGGCGUUCCUUUGGUAGUUAUCACGGCGAGCUAGAGUGGCUGUGCGUCCCUUCUUUGUUCUACUUUUUUGCCAACAUGAUCAAGUGGAAUGAGCUGCGACUGCAGCGCCGAACAUCUCAAACCCCUCUCGAGGAGAAUCGCUCCCACUCAAGUGAUGAUUCAUUUUCUCUAGCUUCAAUUUGGACCCCAAAUUGUGAGCAGGAACUCCAUGUGCUUGAGGAUCGCAUCAGUUUCUCCAUUUUCGAGUUGGAGGGGGUGUACCUGAACCCGUUCUUGGUGAGCUGGUCGAAGCCGAAGCUGCGCUUGCUUGUUGCAGAUGUUGCUUCAACAUGGGAAAAGGAAGGCCCCUACAGUGCCGAGUUUGACUGCGUCUCAUCACGCCUUUUCGACGCCAUUUCUACAGAGCAGACUUGCCAGCUUCGAAGCACUUGCUUGCUCUCGGUGCGACAGUGGCUGGGGAGUGCACAACACCGAUGGGAUGUCACGUGCGUCUUGGUGGCUUUGCUAACAGUUUCGAUUCUUUGCAUUGUCUUUCUUGCGGUGUUUGGCCGCACCCAAGCCGUCUGCAUUGUAUUUUCGAUGAUGCUCAGCGUAGCGGUGGUCUUGAUGUACGUGGUUGCAGUGUUUGUAUUGCAUCACAACACGUACGCAGACGCGGCUUCCAGGCACUUCCGCGAGGAGGUAGUGCGCGCAGCUCAGAAGAAGAUGGAGGAGGAGGAAAUGGCGGAAAAACGAGAUGUGGGAAGUCGAAGCGGGUACGGACACCGUGGUGCGGCGAAGGCGUCUCGGGACGCGGCGGGCAACGGUUGCAGGGGUUACACAGCGGGCGAUGACGACACAGGUGCCGAUGAUGAGUAUAUGGAGGAUGAAAUAUCUAUUGCGGUACGCAACCUGCGAGCUCUGACGGAGGGUAGCACCCACCCGGCUACCAACGCGCCGCCCUACUAUCGCCUAUCGGAUCGGCCUCACAGUGGAAAGUGUGACAGCGGCGGUGCAGGGGACCGCUUCGAAGAUGAUAUGACAUUGGCCGAUGGGAACUACGCUUCCCUCACCAGCCGUUCUUUGCAGGCUGGUGACAAAGCCAAGCAGCAGUUUGAGGAAGAUCGUGAAAAUAGACUCCUGCUGAGCCGUGGGACCUUCGAGCAGCAUCAGGCGCACAUGGAUCAAUGCGGGUCUCACAGGGUGCACGAACGCAUGAGCACACAGCCAGCGCUGCGUCCUACAAAGCAAGCGACGCCCAGCAGCACCAGUGGCGCCACUGGAGCUCAGGCGAGGCCGAGCACCGCUGACAGCUGUGGAAGGGUCGGACAGGAGCAGAUCACUCGGGGAGGGUGCGACGGCGAAAAGAUUGUGAUGCCGGAGCAGCAGCCGCUACAGCAACUCGCUGACUUGCCAGAGAAUGUCAACGUCAAGGCGCUGCUGUUUUGCAAGAAUGUGGGUGUCCUUUCUCAAGUGGCGUCGUCGCUAUGGGAGCGGAAUUGUAUGCUGUUGCGCGUCAGCAACCUUCAAGCACUCAACAGCACAUUCCAUCACGGUUUCGAGCGUUUCGGGUUGGUGUUGAUUCAUGCCCCUGAUGUGGCGGAGGGAUCUGCAGAGUUGGAGACGGCGCUUUCGUGGCUGCAGGUGGAGAGGCGACCCGUCUUUUUCUUCGCAUGCUCGGCGAUGGCGUACCCGGCCAGCGUGCCCUUUUCCGCCCGGCUGCUGGCGCCGUUUUCCUCCACUGCCCUUAACGCUCUCUUGCUGGCUGGCAUUGGCGUGGAGUCGGAGCAUGGUUGUGUCUCGUCCCCGCUGCUUCCUCAGCAGGAGCAGGAGCGACAUCGGCAGCAGUGCCCGUCGCAGCCUUUUCAAGUCCCACCAUACACUCUCGGCCGCCGGCUUGGUGGAGGUGCCUUUGGCAACGUGUUCGAGGCAGAGAUGGAACACACAGGUGCCAAGUGCGCAGUGAAGCGGAUGUACUUGAAGGAUGACUCGAAUCAAGAUGAGGAACAGCAAGCCAACAGCGGAGUUGCUGGGGCCUGCGCAGGCGGCAGCGGCACCCUUGCAGCAGGCGCGAACUCCACAGCGUCUCCCAGGGCGGCAGAGGUGGGGGAAGAGGCGGGUGGGGCAACCACCGCGGUCGGCUCACAACUGCGUGACAUUGCUCAGGAGGUGGAGAUAAUGAGCUCACUUCAGCAUCCCAACAUUGUGCGAUACUACUACUGCGAACGUGACGAUAACUGCAUCUCCAUCUUUAUGGAGCUCUGCACCGGCGGCUCGCUGAGAUCGUUGAUUCACAGUGGAAAGCUGGUGAACCCCCCAGAGAUCAAACAUCUGCUGCUGGAGAUCAUCAGCGCCGUUUCCUAUUUGCACAACAUGCGCAUCGUACAUCGCGACUUGAAGCCAGACAACGUCCUCUUUCGCCAGGGGCACAUCAAGAUUACGGACUUUGGCACGGCUGUGCACAAGCACGGUGGAGACCUUCGGCUUAUCAGAGGCACGUUCGCGUACAUGGCUCCUGAGAUCUUGGUCGGGGAUCCCUACGGGCGUGCCUGUGAUGUGUGGUCUAUCGGUUGCAUCGCUGCCGAGGUGCUGUCUGUGGAGUUGCCGCAGCACGCGUUGGGGCUUCCAGAAAUGUGCGAGUACUACCGCGCCAUGGGCGAGAACAGUGAGCUGCCCAUCGAAUGCGACGUACCGGGCGUACGCGAUUUCCUCCUCGCUUGUCUGCAGCGCAAUCCCAACCAGCGCAGCACGGCAGGGGAGCUUUUCUACCACCCCAUCCUGCAGGCCCGCGACACUUCCAUUCAUGACUGGAUGGUGGAGGUGGUGGCGCGUCGCCGUCGCAUGCAGCAGCAACAGCAAGCGCUUCACCGCAACGGACUUGGCAGCCGAACAGGUGGCGGGACCGGCGGCCCCGGUGGCAAUCACCAAGCCAGCUCCAACGGACCGAACAAUGACGGGGGCGUGAACUGUGCGAAUGCCGGUGACCGCUUCGACCUGCACUCCGUCGGAAGCGCCCAAUCGCUCGACUCGUCAAAACUUGUGUGA